GCUGACAGUCUCUCUCGGCUGAGUUUAACAGGAUUGAAAAACCGAAGAGCAAGAACAACAGCAGCUGGUUAACACAGAAUACAUCAUUAAAGGCAUGUCUUCUUAUAUGUUGAUUGUGUUGGUGGUUAUCUGGUCGUCAUGUGUGUUGCAGACGGAGGCUGCGUGCUGCAGAGCAACUAAGGGCUACUGCAAGGACUGCACAAGUGGAACGCCCUACUGUGGCUAUAGACGAUGCAAUAUAUUCGGAUGUAACUGCGGUGGUGGUUGUCGAUAUCGCUCUGGAUGUUAUUUAAGUAAACAUUGGGGAAGGACCACUUGUCAUUGUGGCUGGUAUGGGAAAAGAUCGAUAGAAUUAGAUGACAAAAACGAAGAAACUGCAUCCCCACAAAGUUCCUUUUCGGCCCUCGACAAAGACGGAAAUGGCUACCUGGAUUUGAACGAGUUCGGUCAAGCAAUCAAAGGAAGCAAGGGGAAAGUGGACGCGGAUACCAUCCAACGUAAAUUUGCCGAGAUGGAUGAUAAUAAGGACAAAAGGAUCAGCCCUGGCGAGUUCGACACAGAUCUUGCUUCACCCAACGACGAGGGAGAAAUCGAAAAGGAAGUAGCUGUUUAACAACAGGACGGAGUAUCGGAUUACGGUGACGCGAUGUCCCAGAUGGACAUAGACGAUCUACGUAGAAUGUUGGAACAGUGAGACAAAACCUCACCAGAAUUAAUGUGACGCUUCUCUCUCUCUCUUUUCUUGCUCUUUUCUCUCUUUCUUCAUACUCUCUCGCUUUCUUUCUCCCUCUCUGGCUUUCCUUAUUAACCUUGUACCUGCGAUUUCAGUGAUAAUCCAUAUGAUUUAUAAUCAGACUUAUCAGACACAAGAAGUAUUCAGAAUCAGGCAAUAAAAAUCAAGUGGGAUUUCAUUUCAUGUGAAG